AUGAAACUGUAUGCCCACACGCUAUUCAUUGCUGCUGCGAGCCUGUUCGUCUCGGCAAGCUCAGCAGCCGACAAAGGGUUUUGCUAUGACGGGUACCGUGCCGGCCCACCCAAAAAAUGCCAUGGCAAUAAGGUAGGCACUGAUGUGACGCACGCGGAGUGUGUAAGACUAGACAAUGGAAAGUGUUGGUCAAAACGAAAUGGAAUUAAUGUGCCUGGCAGCGACGCUCGUGAAGGAGCCUGCUUUGAAGUUUACGUUCCUGGGCAACCCCCAAGGUGCGACGGUACCUUCUAUCCCGGCCAAAAGAGCAAGCACGAGUGCUUGUGUGAGCACGGAGGCAUGUGCUGGAUCUCUCCUGGCGGAAGCGCAGAAAGGACGACGGCCGGUCGUCGUCGAACUAUGCUGCGACAAUUGCAAGCUGAUCCCUCUUGCCCCUCCGGUGAUGUCGAUUGCAUUUGUGAGGACCCAACAGUUGGAGGAGAGUGCGAUCUUGUAUUGAUGGACGCUCCCGCGAUCAACCUAACUGUCCAUAUCAGAACACAGAUUCGAUAUCAAUACAGUUACAUUACUUCCGCCGCUGUCAGGCUCGACGACGAAGUUCUCGAAGUAGCUGGCUGGGGUGAAUACGUACUCAAUGGAGUUGACAUGGUCGAAAGCAGUACUGAUCUUUUGUUUGCCGGCCGGAAUCUCACGCAUGUUCAGCGCAACAAGAAGGAGCACAUCUUUGAUGUAGCGCUGAAUGAUUGGGAACAUCUCUCCCUGAAGACCUUCAAAGAUUGGGUUUCUGUCAAAGUUUCUCCUUCCACCCCCGAUCAUUUUGAAACAAGCGUUGGGCUCUUGGGUCAGUACAAGACAGGCGAAAAGCUUGGUAGGGACGGUGAAACGGUUUUCUCGAAUGACAAUGAGUUUGGGCAGGCGUGGCAAGUGAGAGCCGGCAAAGAACCCAUGCUAUUCCAGAGCGUUCGUUCUCCGCAGUAUCCAGAACCUUGUCGCCUACCCGAUAUUACCAAGACAGGUCGCCGCCUCGGUAUGGGUAUUCCGCAGGAAUCUGCCGAAAAAGCCUGCGCUGGUUGGCGGGCUGAUAAGGAACGCUGCAUUGAAGAUGUGCUCAAGAGCGGAGACUUGGAGAUGGCCGAAGCCGGCGGAUACUGA